CUCUUCUCUGAUCAUAUUUUUAAUUUAAUGGCAGGUCAAAAUGUACUCCCUUUCUUGGUCAUAGCCCUCUUUGUUACUUUCGCAGCUGCUGGUCGGUUACUUGAUGAAGAAGAAACAUUCCCAGCCACAACUACCCCUGGCUCAGGUCCCUUCCCUGGUCCUUUACCAGCUUCUGGCUCAAAUUCUGCUGGAACUGGCUCAGGUGCUGCAGGAACCGGUUUUGGUGCAGGAACAGGAUCAUUACCAUCAAGUGGUUCAGGUCCUACUGCCACCAGUUCCGGUGCAGGAACAGGGCCAGUCUCAUCAAGUGGUUCAGGUCCUUUGACUACUACUGGUUCUGGUCUUCUUCCAAUCGCUGGCUCUGUUUCUGGUCCUGUACCGGUUGGUGGUGGUCCAGGUUCCUUGCCUGCCACUGGUCCCGGUCCUUUACCAGCUGCUGGUUCUGGUGCUCUACCGGCUGGUGGUUCAGCCACCAGUCCUGGUGUAGGUACCGGCCAAGCUCUUGGUGGUGGGGCAGGUGCUGGUCCAGCUCUUGGUGGUGGUGGUGUAGGUCCUGACCACACAUUAGUAUUUUUUAUGCACGACAUACUCGGCGGUUCAAAUCCCACCGCUAGAGCCGUAACAGGAGUCGUUGCAAACCCGGCUUUAAGUGGUCAACUCCCAUUCGCUAAACCCAAUGGCGCAAACCUUCCCAUAAAUAACGGAGUUCCAUCUAACAACAACAACAAUGGAAUCGUCAACAACAACAAUGUGCCACUUCUCGUUGGACUCGGCGGAACCACAGCCAACAUUCUCCAAAACAACGGAAAUAACGGAAACAACAACCUUUUAAACGGUCUACCAGUUGCUAACGGUGGUCAGCUCCCAAGCGGUUCUGCUCUACAGAUGCUUAUGUUCGGAACGAUGACUGUGAUUGACGAUGAGCUAACCGAAGGGCAUGAACUUGGGUCUGGUCUGCUCGGGAAAGCGCAGGGGUACUAUGUAGCGAGUGCGGUUGAUGGAACUAGCCAGACGAUGGCGUUUACUGCCAUGUUUGAGAGCGGUGGCUAUGAAGAUAGUAUAAGUUUCUUUGGUGUUCAUAGAACAGCGGCUUCCGAAUCGCAUUUAGGAGUUAUGGGAGGUACCGGGAAGUAUGUGAACGCGAGAGGAUUUGCGAUUGUGAAGACGUUUACAGGAUCAAGCGGGACGCAGCAGCAGCAGCCGCAUCAGUUCACUGAUGGGCUUGAGACUGUUCUCCAAUGUACUGUUUAUCUAUCUUACUAAUUGUGCUUUCUUUCUUAUGUUGGAGUUUGGGAUUGUUUGGUGUGGAGUGUAUGUGGUUUAUCAUUUGUAAUAUAAAUGUGAAAGAGAUGUGUAAGAAAAUACAUGAAAGUGGACUUUGUAUUUAAUUUUCGUUUUUAUUUCUGAAAUUAAG